GCGCGACCCUCUUCUUGGCGUAGAGUUUUUAGGUUGCUCCUGGAAACCAUGCCGAAAGUAGUGUCUCGGUCAGUAGUCUGCUCUGACACUCGGGACCGGGAGGAAUAUGACGACGGUGAGAAGCCCCUCCAUGUGUACUACUGUUUGUGCGGCCAGGUGGUCCUAGUGCUGGACUGUCAGUUAGAGAAAUUGCCCAUGAGGCCCCGGGACCGGUCCCGUGUAAUUGAUGCCGCCAAACAUGCCCAUAAGUUUUGUAACACAGAAGACGAAGAGACUAUGUAUCUGCGGAGACCUGAAGGCAUUGAACUACAGUACAGAAAGAAAUGUGCAAAGUGUGGACUGCUGCUCUUCUACCAAUCCCAGCCGAAGAAUGCUCCCGUUACCUUCAUUGUGGAUGGAGCAGUAGUCAAGUUUGGCCAGGGCUUUGGGAAAACGAACAUAUAUACUCAGAAACAAGAGCCUCCUAAAAAGGUGAUGAUGACCAAACGGACCAAAGACAUGGGCAAGUUCAGUUCUGUCACUGUGUCUACCAUUGAUGAAGAGGAAGAGGAGAUUGAGGCUAGGGAAGUUGCUGACUCGUAUGCACAGAACGCCAAAGUGAUUGAAAAACAGCUGGAGCGCAAAGGCAUGAGCAAGAGGCGACUGCAAGAGCUGGCUGAAUGGGAAGCCAAGAAAGUGAAAAUGAAGGGGACCUUGAUUGACAACCAGUUCAAAUAACCAGGCUUUUUUCUGAGCCCUAGACUGGAGGCAAACAUGUAGAUCAGGAGACAAAGUAAUUUCUUGAUCACAUAGACUGGUUCCUAUUUAUGUCCUAGCAGAAGGCUUUAUGUUGUUUCCUACUGAUUCUCCUACAUGCAGUGAGGCCUUUAACUGAGUCCAUUUGACCUGCUUUCUAGGAGAUGGAUUCUUCUCUAAUUUUUUCUGUAUUUAGGUUUUCUUUACUAUUUUUUGUCCAUUUGAUGCAAACUUCUUCAGCUAUGUAGAAACUUUAUGAAUAGAUCAGUGCUUGAGAGUCUCCGGUUUCUAAAGUGGCUGGUUUUAUUCUUCAAAGUUAAUAACAUGUUUCAAGAUUUUUGGACAAAAUAUUAUGGUGUGUCAUAGAGAAAAGCAGCGUGAAUUAUAUUUAGGUAUAGCAAGUCAGAUCCUUUGAAGUGACUCUGUCUCUGUUCUUAGAAGGGUUCUUGGAAUUGGCUGUGGUUUGAAUCUUUCUACUGUCAGAGGAGACCGAUUAAAAGCCAGAAUCUGCAUAAAGCUUUCUUUACUUAACACACUGAAGCUAUAGGUGAGCCAUCCCAUGUCAGACUUUAUAUUCAAAGAAGGAAAAGCCAAAUUGCAGUGAGGGGGUAGGACAGAUCCCAAUGAAAAUGGGGUCUGAAUAAGUAACCCAAGAGAGCUGCCCUCUAGUCGGGCAGCUAGUAUUGCUUCCUUGCAUGGAUACAUGGGAGGGAGACAUAUAGAUUAAUAAAUGAUAGUGAGAUAAACAAAA